UCGAAGCGUAGCCGUUGAAAUAGCACAUUCUUUUUAUUAUCAAGUCGUGCUAGACAUUCACACCAAGAAAAUCACCAGUUGUACCCAACUGCACAAACAGAACAACGUAUUUUGAUACCCGCAAUCCAAUCGUUCGCGGUCAUAUCGAGUCAAUUUCAUUAAAGAGUUUUGAAAGAAGCACAUACAUCUUUUUCGAAAUCACUUUAUUGCAAUCAACAUGCAUUCUAUGAUGGCAGCGGCAAGAUUUGUCUUGCUUGAGUACCAUCAUCACACCAACGAAACAACAGUGUUGAUCAACAGGAACGAUCCGAAUCGCGUUUCAACAUCAUUUCUUGUCACACUAUUACUACCAAUCCUGACCCUAGUAUAUCUGGAGCUCUCACGGGCAACCGUACCGACACCAAUUGCAGUGAAGAAGUACCCUGAGGUCCACUAUGCAGGUUAUAACGGCGAUGAAAUCGCUAUUGUUAAAACUGUCCAAGUUGCGCAUGCUCCCUCGACUUGUACCAAAAAAUUAAUUUGGGUGGCAAGCGGGCCACAUUUGGGAUCACGACCAAAAUUAAGUGACAUAUCCAAGCUCAAGAUCAUGUUUCCAGCAACCAACACUACCCCGCCACUUACUCGAGCCGUUCGGCGAACAAGCAUGAGUCCAGUACGAGCGUCAUUCGAUCCGCCACUACCACCCCCUACAGAUGCCCAGCUCCACGAAGAAUGCUUAAGGAAGCUGGUGGAAGAGACUCUGACGUAUGUUCAAUCGAAUCAGCCACGAACGGAAGCACUGCAUCGCUUGAUACCUAAAUUGGAGCAAUUUUCAGAAUGGAAUUCGGUACGCGCCAUAAACGGCCAAACUUCCACAGCUUUGAUUGAAGCACCCUUUUAACACACUUCUUUACCACGCACUCCACUCUUUGGGGCUAAACCAUGCUUUUUUUGAAUAUAUUAUUUGUAAAUUUUUUCGAAUUCAGUGUAGCGAAAGGCUGACAAAGCAGCAGCACUUUCGCUGUUCCGAUACUUUUGUACAGAACGAACAUGAACCGUAGCCACGUGUAAGUUGACCAUUUUCAAUGUACUAGUUAUCCAAAUUGCCAUGUAGACCAUGGCAUUGCAUUACCAAUAAGUCUAUAAAAAAGAAGAAAUUCUCUUUUUGUUAUUUUUUUGGGUGAUU